AUGAUGACGUGCCGUCUGCUGUGCGCCCUGUUGCUGCUCGUCCUGUGCUGCUGCCCGUACGUGUGCGCGGCAGAGUCUACUGAGCAUACUGAAGUUAAGGCAGCUGUCGCCGCGAGACCACAGUCCCCUCCAUCGGUGGCACUAACACAGGGGACAAGUCAGCCAGGGUCGUUAGGUAAUGGGUCCGUUGCGGACCUGGGAAGAGAUGCCGGAGCGGGAACAGCCUUGACCGCUGCAGGUCGGGAAUCAGGUGACGUGUCUAACACGUUACAAAAUCAUGGUCCUGACGGUACUCCAGGACCAGAAAUCAGCACAGGACAAUCCGCAGAAGAAGCAAGUCAGGAAGCCGAAGAUCCUGCCGAGACGACUACGACAACGACCACAACACAGGCACCAACAACGAUAACAACCACUACAACAAAGGCACUAAGUAUUACGGCCAUGAAUACAGAGGCGCCAACAACGACGACGACCACGACUACCACCACUACUACGACUACAGAGGCGCCAACCACGACGACCACCCGCGCACCGUCACCUCUUCGCGAAAUCGACGGCAGCCUCAGCAGCUCUGCGUGGGUGUGUGCCCCGCUGCUGCUCGGUGUAUCCGCGCUGGCGUACACCACUGUGGGCUGA